AUGAAGAACCAAAAAUAUCCUAAAGAAGUGAGAAGCGAAGUGGAAGAGAUCUAUCUUAAUGAACCGUCUUUGGAGGGGGAAUUAGAUUUAAGGGAUUUUGUUCGUCAAGACUUUAAGGCAUACAUUUUUACUACUGUUGAUGCUAGUAAAAUAGUAAUAAAAAACCAAGGAAAAAAAGCAGAAAUCAUUAAACUAUUUCCAGCUCAAGCAUGGCUAGAUGAAAAAUAUCUCAAAGAUGGUGGAUGCCAAAUAGAAACAAAAGAUGAAGAGAAGAUAUUAAAUGCCGUAAAGAUAGGCAGAAACACGUUUAAAGCAGGCUUUUUUUUAAAUUUAGAAGAAUUAGAGUGUUCUGGUAAUAAGUUAACCAAUCUUAACCUGAGUGAGUGUUGCCAAUUAAAGAGAAUAAAUUGUUCAAAUAAUUUGUUAACUAACAUUAUUUUACCACUUAACCUAACUAACCUAAAAGAAUUAAGUUUGAACAAUAACAAUUUUUCAACCCAAGAUUUAUUUUUUUUAGCAGAUGCUAUUAAUUUAGAAAGGCUUAGUUUAGGAAAUAAUAACAAAAAUAAAAUUCAACAAGGUAUUUAUAAUCGUUUUGUGGGUUCCUUAAAUUGCUUAAAUGGGAUGGAAGAACUAGAAAGCCUUGGUAUUGAAAAUACUGACAUUGAUGAAGUGAGCAUAAAUGAACUACCUGAUGAAUUGGAAAGAAUUGAAUAUUCAACCGAGUUAAGACCAGAAUGUAAAUUAACCGAAAUAGUUCCUCAAUUAGAAGACAGAGAUAGAAAAGUGGUCUUAAAAAUCCUUAAUGAUUCUCAAAAUAUCACAUUAGAAUUCUUAACAGAGAUUGCUAACACUGUUUUGGCUAGCAAGAAAAAGAUUGUAAUUCCAGGGUUUUCCGACUCUGAUUAUCUUGAUUCUAUUGUGCCAUACUAUGGUGUUUCUCAAGACCUGAAUACUAAGAACUAUGUAAUGGUAAUGAGGUAUAUGGAGGGUGGUAAUCUUAGAGAAUAUUUGCAAAAGAAUUAUAGAAAAAUAAAUUUUGAAGAUAAACUUGAUAAAAUAGAAAGCAUUGCCAGUGGCUUAAAAUACAUUCAUGGUCAAGGACUAGUCCACUGCGAUUUUCAUCUAGGCAAUAUUUUAAACUAUAACAGUUAUAGUUGUUGUAUUGCUGACUUAGGCCUGUGUCGACCAGCUAGAGAAACUGAUAACAAGAAAAUUUUUGGGGUUCUUCCUUAUAUAGCUCCGGAAGUCCUCUGUGGUCAGCCACAUACCCAAGCUUCGGAUGUUUACUCUUUUGGGAUCAUUGCUUACGAAUUAUUGGCUAACGCCUAUCCUAAUAAUUUAAAUGAAUCAGAAUUUGCCUUAAAAGUCUGUCAAGGAUUACGACCUGAUAUCGACAAAUUACUAAUACCUCAAUUAUUAAAAGAUUUAAUUAAGAAAUGCUGA